AUGGGAGACCCGGCAUCUAAGGUGAUGGAGUCGUGGAGGCAUCGCUUUGAUAUGAUCCACGCCUGCAUUCGUAUGAUCGCCAAGGAGGGCCAUGGACUUCGUCCAGAGGUUCUCACCUUUUCAGCCUUGUCCCCUGGGAAGUGCUUGAUCUAUGACGUACACAGUUUCCGUGCCCACAAUGCGUGGCAGAGGAAGAAUGUCCUGACAGAAUCGACCACCCUCGGGAUAGCCCUGCAAGUAGAGCGUGGCCAGCUGGACAGCAACUGCGGGGUGCAGGUGCGGAGUUUCGACGGGGACUCCGGAAGAGCCACUUAUCUCAAGAACUUCGCCAGAAAGGUGGUGCGCCAAGCCCAGAACGAGGAGGGCGCAGCAGCUCUACUGGUGGUGGACCCGGACGGUGUGGAAGUCGCCUCUUUUGGGUUGGGUGGCCGCGGCUUUUUUGCCUCCCAAGCAAAGGAGGACCCGAUACGACAGGUGCUCGUCUUGCUAGGCCCAAUCGACAAGAACAUCCCAAACGACCGCAGGGACCUCAUUGAGGCCUGCAUGGAAGGAGGCUGUGACGGGCCUCUGCGCUUGGCUUUCACAUCCUGGAGACUGCCAAAUGCAGCAGUUGGUGACCUGUUGAUGCAGCAUGACAGGUGUGAGCUACUCCCUCUGCUGGAGGAUCUCCGUGCCGUGGGUGAAGAGCAGUACAAGCUUUUCUUGAAGAGCUUUCAGAUGACGCUCCAGGUCAUGGCCCUGAAUGCCGGCCAGCCCGGCCUGGUCAAAGCCUUCCACGAGGCUGCGAUUCAGAAGCCGGUGGAGGAGUUUCCGCUGAGGCCCAGACCUCCGCAGCAUCCCCCUCCAGCCCACCUCAAGGCCAGGAGCACGGCCGACCAUCUGGCCGAAAAGGAGACUCUCCAGGCCUCCGGCUCCUCCCUCCCGGAACCCGCUGAGGCCUCGGAACCCCCGGAGCCACCGAAGACGCUGCGGAUGCUACCCACAGCCAAGAAGAGGCCCUUCAGGGAUGCUGCGGAUGAUGAGAUAGGAGAUUUCAUCAAGAAAGUUGAUGAAUGUGAGAUGGAGAAAUUGGUUAGCUGCUGCAGCUUCUGGCCCCAAAUGCCCUGGCGACCCGCAAAAGUGGGAAUCUUCAUCGCACCAGACAGUCGCGAGCUCGUCUUGCGAUGUGAAGCUGAUGGCGCAGGCCAAGCGGUCUUCCGCUUGGGGCAGCUCCGAAGCCUCCGAUGCCUCAGCACGCGGCCGCCGGCCUUGGAGUUGUAUUUUCGGAGCCUUGGCCAUCGACUGCAGCUGCGAGCGUCCGAUCUUUCCGAGAAGCCAAGUGAAGUAAGUUGGGCACGAUUCCAGCUCUUCCAUGCCUUCAUCGCGUGUCUUGCUGAAACGAUGCAGGAGAACCGGGUUCGCAUGGAAGCUGUCGAGUGGCCCAUGCAGGGUGGACGACGGGCCACCCUCGUGCACUUGGCCAAGCGUCUACGUGGCGUCACGACCACCACAGCCGAGGAGCUCUCUGCUCCUUUCGCGGGAACUUGCUGCCCGCUUUGCUUGGAACUGUGGGAGUCCAUGGCCAAG